AUCCAGGAGAGACAAGAAAUCGACAACCGGUCGAUCUAUGUCGGGAACAUUGAUUACGCUGCGACUCCCGAGGAGGUGCAGGAGCUGUUCAAAGAGUGCGGCACGGUGAACAGAAUCACGAUUCUGACGGACCGGGUGACGGGCACCCCGAUGGGUUACGGCUUUGUGGAGUUCGAAAGCCAGGAGUCGAUUCCGAAGGCGCUAGAGCACAACCAGGCGUUGUUCAAGGGCCGGCCGUUGAAGGUGAUACAGAAGAGAACGAACGUCCCAGGUUUCGGAAGAGGCCGGGGCCGGGGCCGGGGCAGAGGCAGAGGCGGCUUCAGAGGCGGCUUCAGGGGCAGGGGUGGCCGUGGUGCGUUCAGAGGCGGCAGAGGCGGCUUUCCGCCUCGAGGC